AUGAGAGGGCAUCUUCUGUCUCGGGGUUUCCCCGCAUAUCCCCGCGUGCUUCAUCGUCAGCACAGAAUUUCUCAGCCACAAGUCUUUCCUUCGUUCACAGCUAUUAGGUACAAUAGCUCCAGUAGCUCGCAAAGUACUUCCAGCAGUCAACCGGAUUCCGCCAAAUCAGGCGCCUCUUCACAAGCUGCCCCAGGCUUCUGGACAUCAAGCAAGGCGCUCCUUUUGUCCGCCUUAGCCGCAGGUGUUGGCUACGCAUAUGCCGCGUCGAAUCAGCCGAGCCAGCUGCAGAGUUCAAAACAACCUCAGUAUGGAUCUCUAAAUGAUUUUGAUAAGGCCAUUGCCGAAUUGCGAAAGGAGCUCGGUGAUGAAGCAAUCAGCACCGAUGAGGAGGACCUCCAGCGACACGGGUACUCAGAAUGGUCUAGCGUUAACGCAGAACGUCUUCCAGUUGCUAUUGCUUACCCAACAUGUACGGACGAUGUGGUGAAGAUCGCUAAAGUCUGCCACAAAUACAAAAUGCCAAUGGUGCCUUAUUCGGGAGGCUCCAGUCUCGAGGCAAACUUCUCCGCUCCAUAUGGUGGGAUGACAAUUGAUUUCGCCGCAAUGAACAAGAUCUUGGAGUUGCACGAAGAUGACCUGGACAUCGUCGUCCAGCCAUCGAUUCAAUGGAUGGACCUGAACGAGAAAAUCAAGGACACUGGCCUCUUCUUCCCUGUUGAUCCAGGCCCGUCGGCAAUGAUCGGUGGUAUGAUCGGGACAAAUUGCAGCGGAACGAACGCAGUCCGUUAUGGAACCAUGAAAGACUGGGUGAUCAACCUAACGGUUGUUCUGGCUGACGGUCGCGUGAUGAAGACUCGCAAACGUCCACGCAAGACUUCGGCAGGUUAUAACCUGACUGGUAUGUUUGUGGGCUCAGAGGGCACACUGGGCAUUGUCACCGAAGCCACUCUGAAGCUCGCUCCUCUUCCAGAGCAGACUCGGGUUGGAGUCGUUUCAUUCCCCACCAUCCGCGAUGCUGCCUCGACUGCCAUGCAGCUCAUUCGAAAGGGUAUCCACGUACAAUGCAUGGAAAUCCUGGACGAUGUGCAAAUGGAUGUUAUCAACCGUGCCGGCGGCACAGGGAGAUCAUGGGAGAAGCUCCCCACCCUCUUUUUCAAAUUCUCUGGAACAGUGGCCGGGGUGGCUGACAGUAUCAACUUGACGAGGGAACUCGCCAAAAAGAACAAUGCGUCCACAUUUGAGUUUGCUAAGGACGAGAAGGAGGCUCACGAUCUGUGGUCUGCCCGGAAGCAAUCAUUAUGGAGCAUGAUGGCGCUACGCAAGGAAGGUUCGGAAGUGUGGUCCACGGAUGUUGCCGUGCCGGUCUCUAGGCUGCCUGACAUUAUUGAAAUCUCUAAGAAGGAACUCGAUGACCUUGGUAUGUUUGCCAGUAUUCUGGGACAUAUUGGAGAUGGCAACUUCCAUUCCAGUAUUAUGUACGACCCUAAAAAUCCCGAAGAGAGAGCUCGGGUUGAGAAGGUUGUCCAUGAUAUGGUUGACCGUGCUCUCGAAAUGGAGGGAUCCUGCACUGGCGAACAUGGAGUCGGGCUGGGCAAGAAGUCCUCUUUGAAAAAGGAGCUUGGUCCUACCACCCUUGAUGUGAUGCGCAGCAUCAAAAAGUCACUUGAUCCCCACUGGUUGCUAAACCCUGGGAAGAUCUUCGAUUACGAAAGUCAAGCAUAG